UGAUAGUCAGGAUGAAGAAGGAAACCAACAUGAAGAAUCAACAUCAACUCCAGAUGAAGAGACAGAGCCACAGAACAGAGAUCAGAGGAAGAGAAGAGACAGAAGUCAUGUCCAAAGUGUGGAUAUAUGUCACAUGUCAGAAGGUCAGUGUGACUCUUAUGUCAGAUGAAAGUUUAAGAUGAAAACUUCUGUUAAACAAAAACAAUCCGCAAAAGAGAAGAGACUUUCCUCUGCAGGGUCUGGAAAAAGAACAAGAAAUCCACACGACGUGUCUGUCUACAUGAGAACUAAGUCUGAUGAACGAAUGUGACAGAAGUUUUAGUUAUGCAUAUAAACUUAAGAGACACAUGAGAACUCAUACAGAAGAGAAGUCUUUUUCAUGUAAAGAGUGUGACAGAAAUUUUAGCGAUAAAUAUUAUCUCAAAACACACAUGAGAACUCAUACGGGAGAGAAGCCUUUCUCGUGUAAAGAAUGUGAUAGAGGUUUUAGUACUAAAUCUAGUCUCAAAGAACACAUUCGAAUUCAUACAGGAGAGAAGCCUUUCUCGUGUAAAGAAUGUGACAGAAGUUUUUGUACUAAAUCUAGUCUCAAAAUACACAUGAGAACUCAUACAGGAGAGAAGCCUUUCUUGUGUAAAGAAUGUGACAGAAAUUUUAGUACUAAAUCUAAUCUCAAAGAACACAUGAGAACUCAUACAGGAGAGAAGCCUUUUUUGUGUCAAGAAUGUAAUACAAGUUAUAAUCGAAUAUCUAAUCUCAAAUCACACACGAGAACUCAUACAGGAGAAAAGCCUUUUUCAUGUGAAGAAUGUGACAGAAGUUUUAGUCAAAGUAAUCAUCUCAAAAGACACAUGAGAACUCAUACAGGAGAGAAGCCUUUUUCGUGUAAAAAAUGUGACAGAAGUUUUAGUAUUAAAUCUAGUCUCAGAAAACACACAAGAACUCAUACAGGAGAGAAUUUUAUUUUUUAAAGCAAAGAAAACCCACAGUAUAUAACUCCCGAAGAAAAGACAAUAAUUUGUUUUAACUAGGAACAUUUAAAUGUUGUGAAAAACAUUUUUCCCUAUUUUAAGGGCCGUGUAACAUCAACUUUUUAAAAGUGUAUUAUAAUGUUCAUUCUUCACUAUAAACAACCCAAAAGUAGUAUUUUGAUCCUUUCAUGCAUUUCUGAGUCUUCCUCUAAAAAUCUGCACUCUGAGCACCAGCCCCUCGUAACCCACAAAAAACGAGCAGGUUCUCACAAGCUGACAUCACAAAGUGAGGACGGCCCCUUUCAAGAAGUGUCUACACUGCUAGCACUGCCCCAGGAUAAACACCUUUAAAAUUAUUUCCUUUAAGCAUUGAAUCUGAGAAGAAAUGGGUUCCUAGCACCUAAUCAACAGAGACAGAUUAGAUCUAUAUGGAUAUAGUUUUCUCUGAAAGGCUUAAGAAUGACAUGAUAAAGACCUUAAAAUGGUCUGUCAGUUGGUAAAAUGAAGUUGGUUUCUAAAACACUUCACAGCUAACAAGCUGUGUGGAGAUUCUGCUUUUAUUUUCCAGCAGAACUUGGAUCAUUUCCACUCUACUAAAGGUACCUAAAGCUGCUUAUCCCUAAACAUCUGUUUCUGUGUUUGAUCAACCAGCAAAUUCCCUGACCUGAACCAAUAAAAAAUCUAUGAAGUGUUUUUAAAGAGGAAGAUGAGACAGCAGAGCCAACAAUGAAGAUGAGCUGAAGUCGGCUAUCAAAGCAACCUGAGCUUUCAUUCCAUGUACACAGAGCCACAGGCUGAUGGCCUCCAUACCACAUUGAUGCAGUCAUUCAAUGAAAAGGAGGAACAAGUGAUUAUUGAAUGGAGAGAAAGGAACAGUUUUCUAAAAUCUGACAUGUGCUGAAAACAUCCUUUAUGAUUCUUCUGAUUGAAUAUUCUCAUUUUCUAAAACUAUUUUUAGGAUGUCAUCAUCUAUUAGUCAUUAUGAUCACACUGAUCAAAAUAAAGGAAUUUACAAAUAAUUCUAUACAUCUUGAGUUUCAUUUUUGUGUUGAUGAAAAAAAAUGUAACUUGAUCAUGAAAUGUCUUUUACAAGUACUUGGAAAUUGAAAUGUUUUGUUUUAGAUUAUUGGAACUUAAAAUGUCUUGUUUUGAAUUCUGACAGGUUUGAUUUUUUAAAAAUUUGUUGGUUGAUUUUUAUUAAUACAUUUUGUACUUUCAUGAUAUCGUAGUUUAUGUAGAGAAAAUGUUAUCUAUGUCUGUGUGUUACCAUGGUAACAGUAGAAUUAUUACACAUCUCUAGUUCUAACAGUUUUUAUAUGAGUUGUUAACAUUUCAAUAUUAUUUUUGAAAUAAAAUGUCAGUUUAAUUUGCAGUUUUUUGCUGACUAUGGUCAGUAGAUAACUGUUAAUCAAGAUUUUUCUGAAAUUGUAUCAAGGAAGAGUCAGUGUGUGUUUUGUUAGUGUGAUUCCUGUUUUGUAUCAGAGAUUAGAAGUGUUUCUCUGUUCUUUUUAGUCGUCAGUGUUCUGUUCCAAUCUUUCCUGUGAAGAAUAAAGUGGACGUGAACAUCA